CAUUGUUCUCGUACCGAUGGGAGCUGAGGUCCCGGUCAGCCGGCCUCAUGCUGCAGAGCCAGUGAACUCAGGUCGGGCUUCUCAGCUGCGAACAUAGGCAGUACUCAUCUUGGCCCUGGAAAGAAACUCAAGAAGAAGCUUUUGAAACAUAAAGCUUAGAUGGGGUUUGACCUCUGCUGGGCAGCUCCCAUCUGUAUGAGUUCCCCUGCUGAGCAGAGAAGAUGACUGCAGAAUUGAGAGAAGCCGUGGCCCUAGCUCCAUGGGGCCCAGUGAAGGUGAAAAAGGAGGAGGAGGAAGAAGAAAACUUCCCAGGUCAGGCAUCCAGCCAACAAGUGCACUCUGAGAACAUCAAAGUCUGGACCCCAGUGGAGGGUCUUCAGACAGGCCUUGAUGGAUCAGAAGAGGAAGAAAAGAGUCAGAACAUAUUCUGGGACAUGGCGGUAAUCCUGAAAGCAACUCAGGAGGCACCUGCUGCUUCACCCCUUGGCAGCUACUCGUUACCAGGGACUCUGGCCAAGAGUGAGAUACUGGAGACUCAUGGGACCAUGAACUUUCUAGGUGAUGAAACCAAGAACCUACAGUUACUGGUUCCAAAAACUGAGAUAUGUGAGGAAGCUGAAAAACCCCUCAUCAUAUCAGAAAGAAUCCAGAAAGCUGAUCCUCAAGGACCUGAGUUAGGAGAAGCUUGUGAAAAAGGAAACAAGUUAAAGAGGCAGAGAAUAAAGAGGGAAAAGAAAGAUUUCAGACAAGUGAUAGUGAAUGACCGUCAGUUAUCUGAAAGCUUCAAAGAAGAAGAAAACCAGAAAUGUAAGAAAUCUGGGGGAAAAUACAGCCUUAAUUCUGGCGCUGUUAAAAAUCCAAAAACCCAGCUUGGGCAAAAGCCUUUUACAUGUAGCGUGUGUGGGAAAGGAUUUAGUCAGAGUGCAAACCUCGUUGUGCAUCAGCGAAUCCACACUGGAGAGAAACCCUUUGAAUGUCAUGAGUGUGGGAAGGCCUUCAUUCAAAGUGCAAACCUCGUUGUGCAUCAGAGAAUCCACACUGGACAGAAACCUUAUGUUUGCUCAAAAUGUGGGAAAGCCUUCACUCAGAGUUCAAAUCUUACUGUACAUCAAAAAAUCCACUCCUUAGAAAAAACUUUUAAGUGCAGUGAAUGUGAGAAAGCCUUUAGUUACAGCUCACAACUUGCUCGGCACCAGAAAGUCCACAUUACAGAAAAAUGCUAUGAAUGUAAUGAAUGUGGGAAAACAUUUACUAGGAGCUCAAACCUCAUUGUCCACCAGAGGAUCCACACUGGGGAGAAGCCCUUUGCUUGUAACGAUUGUGGCAAAGCCUUUACCCAGAGUGCAAAUCUCAUUGUACAUCAGCGAAGCCAUACUGGUGAGAAGCCAUAUGAGUGUAAAGAGUGUGGGAAAGCCUUUAGUUGUUUUUCACACCUUAUUGUGCACCAGAGAAUUCACACUGCAGAGAAACCUUACGACUGCAGCGAAUGUGGGAAAGCCUUCAGUCAGCUCUCUUGCCUUAUUGUCCACCAGAGAAUUCACAGUGGAGAUCUUCCUUACGUAUGUAAUGAAUGUGGGAAGGCCUUCACAUGUAGCUCAUACCUACUUAUUCAUCAGAGAAUUCAUAAUGGAGAAAAACCUUACACAUGUAAUGAGUGUGGGAAGGCCUUCAGACAGAGGUCGAGCCUCACCGUGCACCAGAGAACCCACACCGGGGAGAAGCCCUAUGAAUGUGAGAAGUGUGGUGCAGCUUUCAUUUCCAACUCACACCUCAUGCGACACCACAGAACCCAUCUUGUUGAAUAACAAGUAAGGAAGAGGAAGACCUCCAGCAUUGGUCAUAACCUUCUGCCUCCCUAAUGAGACACCUCUUUGCUGUUUUCUUCCUCCUCUAUAAAAGUGAGGGCUAUGUCCUUAAAAGUUAGAGUUUUCAGGAAUGCAGCACAAAACACAAGAAAAGCAUUUCAGAGGCUAAUUUAAAGAAAACAAAAAGUAAGCACCUAAAGGCAAGGACUUUGUUUUAACUGUACCUUAAGCGGUCAUGUUUUCUGAAGUGGAAUGUGGCUUUCUUAGGAAUGGGUCAUACAAAGUUAAGUGGUAAUGAUGCUAUUUGGGGAAAGGUCUUUUUUGCUUAAUUUUGUUUUUUAAAACUCUGAUGAUUGCUUAAGCAACAGGCAGGUUAUCUGCCUGGUUGAAUUCUGGUUGAACUGUGUAUUCUAAUAUUUCUGGUUAAGUGGUGACUAGGUAAGGAAACCACUUGGGGUAUCAGUUCAACAAUUCACUUAUGAACGUUUAUAAGCUUUCCAUUUCCUAGGUAAUUUUUAGAAAGUCAGUCAAAACAAAAAAACUUUACUGAAAAUGGACAGAAAUAGGAAAUGGACUUUUUCCUUACUGUCUAUACCUCUUGAACCUUGGUAUUGUAAAAAUCUGGGGACCUCUGAGUCUAUUCUGACCAUUCCCUAGUCUGCAUGGCCAAGCACUCAAGGAUUGAUGGACACCACACACCAGCUAUAUUCAUUUGCCCAGAUCAACAGCUCCUUCUCCAAACAUCUCAAGCCCCCAAUUCCCAUCACAUUCCAUUUGGGUGAGAUGCAACUAACAGCCCCUUCCUGGAUAAAGGAGUCAAAGAAUAAAGCUUGCCUAGAGGCA